AUGCGUAUUCGUGAGCAAUAUACCAAAUGACCAGUUUCCACACAGCUUGUCAGUACUUUUAUUACAUCUUCUCUGAUUCUUGUAGGGAUUCUUAUCAUUAUAACUAUAUUUCAGCUAGACUGACUAAGAAAUACCACGAUUUCCAGCACAAGAACUGUAAUACAUCAUAAUACAAGAAAGCACCUCUCAAAUCUUGGCUGGGACGAAGCUAAUUUUACUUCUUUGUCCUUUAAUUCAUUCAUCAACUAUAUAAACUAUCAAAAAAAUCUUGACGAAUUGAUGCUUGGUUUUGGCUCAAGCUCUCCACCUAUCAAAAGUGAUGAUCCUAUAUGGGAUGACGCUAUUCCUGAUACCAUCACAGAAACCAUAAAUGGGACAGCUUAUACUUAUGAAUCUGGAGUUUUCUUUUCCAAAUAUAAAGACUCUUUAAGCUCAGCUGGCGAAACUCUUGUAAAUUUAGAAGCAGCAAUGGACAAGUUCUACCCUUUAAUAUUUCGAGAAUAUUUUACCCUCAUUUAUUCAGGCUUUGAGACAGAUGAAAUUCUUCAUUAUUAUCCAGGGUAUAAAUCAACUGAUAGAACUUAUUCUCCCCUCGUAAAUGAAUGAUAUUAUAAAGCAAAAGAUCACCCUGAUAGUGUAAUUAUAACAGAGCCAUAUCAAGGAACCACUGAAGGGACUUGAAUGAUUACUAUAUCCCAAGCAAUUCUAGACAGUUCUGAUAACUUUUAUGGAGUAACAGCUGUUGAUAUAACAUUGAAUAAUAUAAUGUCAAGGCUAAAUAGCGUUGUGAUUUUAGAUAGCGGAUUUAUAUUGCUAAUCACAGCAGGAGAAGGGUUUGUGCUUAGCCGCCCGAAGAGCUGGAUGAUAUUAGGGGAAGAAUUGAAAAUUUAUGAUAAAGACAAGACAGGGAUUUCACAAAAAAAGUGAUGGAAAUUAACAAACGAAACAUAUGGAGAUCUAUUGGAAUUCACAGGCCCAAAUUCAACUGAUUAUUAUGCCACUCUUCACCCAGUAAGGCCAUAUAAUGAUAUACAAAAUAUCACUCAUUGAAUAAUGGUUUGUGCAAUAAAAUCCGAAGUAGAUAAGCCUGUUGAUGACAUGCGCGAUGAUUUUAGCGAUACCUAUGUAGAAAUUUUUUGGAUUGUAAUCAGUAUUGCAAUUGCUACUUUUAUCUUAAUUUCGAUACUUUUAUUGUUUGCUGCUGAAAAAGUAGCAACCCCGCUCCAACUACUAAAUAGCAUUAUUUUAAAAAUAUCUUCAAGAUCUUUAUACCCUAAAAUUCUCAAAGGAACAAGUCUUGCAGGGCUAAAUAAAUACACGGAGUAUAUGGAAGGACUGAUUAAUGCAUUUAUUAAAAAAAUUAAAAGGAUUGAUGAAAAAGAAAAAAAAUUCGACAAGUUUGUGUGGGGCACAACCAGGCCGAAUGACCAUUUUUUGUUUAACGAGUGGAAAGAUAAGCUUUAUCCUUUUAAUAUAUACAAGGAUAAGGAAAUGUCGUGGAGAUCAACAAUUCCUAGCCUUGUAAAAGUUUCUAUUAUGAGCAAGACUUAG